AUGGGCUUGUACCGGAAGGUCGUCGGCCGGGGCGAGGGCAUGGCGGCGGUGCCUUUGCGGACGCUGGGCGCCUGCUGCAGCAUCUCCCUGACGUUGCCGCUGGAAGUCGUGGUCACGCGAGUGACGACCUCGCGGCCUCCGCUCGGCGCCACGGUGGCGGUUAAGCAGCUCUGGCGCGAGAGGGGCUUGGCAUCCUUCUGGCGCGGUUGGGGCGUCAGCAUGGUGCUGUGCCUGAACCCCGCCCUCAUGCUGACCGCCGUGGACUGGCUGCGACGGCUGGCGCUCGCCUUGCAGCGGCUGCGGGGUGCGCCCAACGGUGUCGAUCGGCGGCAGAUGUCCUGGGUGCAGGCGCUCGUCGUGGGCGCGGUCGCUAAGCUGCUGACGAUGUGCGCGGUGUACCCGCUCGUGCGCGGGAAGGUGUUGCUGCAGUCGCGCCAGGGAGGGGCCAGCGGCGUCCUCGGCGCGCUGCGGGCGCUGGCCGCGAGGGAGGGCCUGGGCAGCUGGUACCAGGGUCUCACCGCCCAGCUCAGCAAGAUCGAUUGUCCUCAUGACGCGCGUUGGCCCACUCAGCUCAGCCCCGCCCAGCUCAGCUCAGCUUAG